AUGUCGACCCCCCAUGUCAUCGCUUCCUCCUCCCACCCCUCUCAGAACGUCUCCUCAAACAAUGGCAUCGUCGGUGGUCACUACAGAGUUGGAAAGAAAAUCGGCGAAGGCUCUUUUGGUGUCGUAUUCGAAGGUGCCAAAGUGACUACGAACCAGCCAGUGGCCAUAAAAUUCGAACCUCGAAAAUCCGAUGCUCCUCAACUGCGAGACGAAUUUCGCUCGUAUAGGACGAUGAAUGGAACACCUGGUGUGCCGCAAGUGUACUAUUUCGGCCAGGAAGGUCUUCACAAUAUCCUUGUCAUCGACCUGCUGGGUCCUAACCUGGAGGACCUGUUCGACAUGUGCGGGCGCAAGUUCACAAUAAAGACGGUAUGCCUGGCUGCUAAACAAAUGGUUACUCGCGUCCAGGCAAUUCACGAGAAAUCCCUCAUCUAUCGCGAUAUCAAACCAGACAAUUUCUUGAUUGGUGUUCCAGGGGGCAGAAGUGCAAACACUAUCCAUAUAAUUGACUUUGGCAUGGCGAAGCACUAUCGCGAUCCAAAGACCAAGGUUCAUAUUCCUUAUCGGGAACGAAAGUCUCUCUCCGGAACGGCGCGAUACAUGUCAAUCAACACGCAUCUGGGCCGAGAGCAAUCCCGUCGAGACGAUUUGGAAUCUCUCGGGCACGUCUUCAUGUACUUUCUAAGAGGCGGCCUGCCUUGGCAAGGUUUGAGGGCGGCGACCAACAAGCAGAAGUAUGAGAAGAUCGGCGAGAAGAAGCAGACGACAUCCAUUUCCGAAUUGUGUGAAGGCUUCCCAGAGGAGUUUUCGAUCUACAUGAACUACGUCCGCAAACUCGGUUUCGAGGAAACGCCGGAUUACGAUUUCCUCCGAGAACUUUUCUCAAAAGUUUUGAAAACCUUGGGCGAGCCGGAAGACGGGGUCUACGACUGGAUGCUGCUCAAUGGCGGCAAAGGAUGGGAGGCUAGCAACCAUACUGCUGCAUCAGCUGUUGCAACACCCCACCGCGAACACCGCAGAGAGCGAGAUCACGGCCGCCGUUCACGACAGGUUCCGGACGGCACAACCCCCAACCAACUCGUACUAAGCCCUGCUCCUGUCCAUGUCAAGGGCAGUCGAAGAACAGCGAACGGCGAACGGAGUGGCAACCCAAGAGACGUUGGCAGUGUCCAGCCUCUUGCACCUGGUAGCAGGCGAGCAAGUCAACAACAGAAGGACAUCAACGGCAUCAACAGUGCCAACCUCAGCACACCACACCCUUACGCCACCGCUCCGAGCCCAACCGGGUAUGGGACUGCGCGAACACCGAAUGCCUAUGGACGCCACUCGCCCAACCCUCCUCCACACCUGCUUAAUGGCAACGGCAUGAAUGGAUCGGAGUCUUUCCUGUACGGUCAAGCUCAAGCAGGCAAGGGCGGUUCAAACUCCCGCGAAGGCACGACGAACGGUGUUGGCCAGCCUGGUGGUCAGGUCAGGGGUAUGGCCAUGUAUGACCGCGACCAGAUGCACAGAGUUGGCGAGCAAGACGAGGGUGGGCAUGGCCGGCGAAAGGGGUUCUGGAGCGCGUUGUGCUGCCGUGCAUAA